GAACAACCUGUUGGGAUAUAACAUAGGGAUUGUGGUUUGAAGGAAAUAAACAGCUAAUCCAGAUGGCUUUUAUGAAACAAAGAUACCAUUUUCUUGUAAAUAUGUAGAGAGCAAAGAAAUAAGAAAAAGACAAGAUCUCUGAAUGCCUGCAGUAAGGUAUCAGCCGAUUUUUAUAUCCUUUCCCUUGUUUUGUUUGUUGCUCAUCAUGCCUCCUGGGUUGAUUUGGAGACCUGAUCUGGAGGAUAAGUUUGUAGCAAACCUUGACUGGCAUCCCUCAAUUGUGUUUUCUUAACCCCAGAAGUCAUGUUCUGUUCCAGUGAACUCACAGUCUUCCUCCCAAACUCUAAAGCAAAUUGAAAAUAAGGUUGGUUUGGUCUGUUGUGAUAGUUGUUGAUUUUUUUAGUUUGUGAUUUGCUUAUGGUUUGUUGGUUUUUUUCCCCUGGAGAGUUUUGUCUCAGAGUUCAAGAGGUUUGAGUGACUGUUCAAUUUUGAGCUCAUUUUGUGCUCGGAACAAGUUCCAUUUGCAGUUGAAUUUGUACUUUAGGAUUCAGAGUACACUCACAAGCUACACAAUAUGUGAUUAUCAAAUGUAAAUUUAGCCCCUGGAAGCUGUUCCACAUUUGCCUCUUUGUAUAUGUGCAGAUGUACAGAGCCCAGCAGCACCUGUUACAAACCAGUUUUGUUAAACUGGGAUAUUCCAGGGAUAAAAGCAAGUGUUUGAGAAGGCUUUUAUUUUUUUUACUGUUGCAUUUUGCUAUGGUUUUGAUAUUUUACAUUGGUUAUGUCCUAACAGGUCACUGGGCCCCUUCAGCCAGUGAACAAAUACUGAGGAGAGGAUCCCCAGCAGAGAUUAAGGAAUGACCUGUUCUAGGCAAGGAGAUUCAGUGCCUGUUGCAUGAUGUCAUUUUAAUCUUUCUUCUGUCUCAGCCAUCUUUAUUCCAUAGCAUUACUGAUAGCUCUCUGGAUUUCUUUGUCAUCCUUCUUCAUAACAUUUUAUUUAUUUGUUGUAGUUACUGAAACUGAGGGUUUUUUUCAGUAAGUUUUUGUGGAGAUACAGAUUUUAUCUUUUUGACAAGUCUUCAGAUUCAUUGUUUUAAUAUACAGAAUUUAAUUUGGAAAAAGGAACUUUUUUUCCACAUUGGUAUUAGGGACUCAGAAUUUAUUUAUUUAUUUGCCUCUUGUCCACUUCUUUUCCUUGUGUUAUAUGUCAAGAUGUUUCUUGUGACUGUUCCAUAAAGGGAUGCAGUAUUUUUUACAGUGUGUUAACUCCUUGGUUUUAAGGAGGUAUUCUCAAUUUUUAUAUUAAUAUAUGUAGGUCCAAGUUUAUAAGUUUUCACUUCAACUACUGAGUAAGACAGGCUGAAGGUUCUGGUUGUAAGGAUGUGUGAAAAAUCCAAAUGUCUUUGGCAUACAGUUUGUAGGCUGGCAGCAUUUCCAUCUGCCCUGAUCUAACAUGGAUUUUAAUUUUGUACAAGGAACUGGGUGUAAAUGGAGUCGUGGUGUGAAAUGCUCAGAGUCAGCACUACUGAAAGCAGCCUAUGGUGAAGUGCAGCAUCUGUGAAUACAAAUCUGCCCUUCUGGGACACUGUGCAAAAUGAUGUAACAGAGUGAAAAAGCUCUGCAGAGAUAGAUUUCACCUGCUGUAACUGAGGCUUUGCUGCAAUACUUGACAAGGUCUGGGUGUGACGCUUUCCUGGCUGGGCAGUGGGAUUGUGUUGUAGGAAAAAAGCUGUUGGCAAUAACGGCUGGAGAUCCUCGGGCUUUGGUUUGCUGCCCUGCACCUGAGCUGCAGCUCUGCUACAAAGAGGCAACACUAAGGAAAGCCUUUAGUGCUUGGGGGCUAGGAUUCCAAGAGGAAAAUUUUCUCGACUUUGUUUGGGCAGUCCUUGAGGAUGGCAAGCAAAGGACCCACAGCUUCUGCAUCAACAAAGAGCUCCAGUACUGGAGGGACCAGUGGCAGCAGCAGCAGUAAUGGCUCUGGGGACAGCACUAAUCAGGACAACACCUUUGAGUGCAACAUCUGUUUGGACACUGCCAAGGAUGCAGUCAUCAGCUUGUGUGGGCACCUCUUUUGUUGGCCUUGUUUACACCAGUGGCUAGAGACCAGGCCAAACAGACAAGUGUGUCCUGUAUGCAAAGCAGGAAUCAGUCGAGAUAAAGUUAUUCCUCUCUAUGGAAGAGGUAGCACUGGGCAGCAGGACCCCAGAGAGAAAACUCCACCACGACCCCAAGGACAGAGACCUGAACCAGAGAACAGAGGGGGAUUCCAGGGCUUUGGGUUUGGUGAUGGUGGCUUCCAGAUGUCCUUUGGAAUUGGGGCGUUUCCCUUUGGUAUAUUUGCAACAGCCUUCAACAUAAACGAUGGGCGACCUCCUCCAGCUGUUCCAGGGACUCCUCAAUAUGUGGAUGAGCAGUUCCUUUCCCGCCUCUUCCUGUUUGUGGCACUGGUGAUAAUGUUCUGGCUGUUGAUUGCAUAAGUCUUUUCCAUUAUUCUAUAUAUUCAUGACCAACAAGGCCACUGAAACAGUUACAAACUGCAUCCCCAUCCCAUUUUAAACCUCUUGGUGUCUGGUUCCAUAGCUACCUAUGGGCUUCAGGAAUUGGUGGUACCACAGCACAAUGAGGAAUCUCACAUUUUGCACCAGAGUUGGUAAUUAAAACAUUGGUUGAAAAGUGUAUUUCAGCUCAGAUAUCUUGUACAACAGGUUCCUGCCACAAACCAUGGGCCUAGCGUUGAGCUGCACUCUGAAAGGGAGUGCUGCUUUGAAAUCCUGUGCCAAUCAGUGACACCAGGCCUGUGGGAUACACAGCUAUCCCAACAGACUGGGCAGGUAAGGAAGCUUCUCCAGUGUGACCAGUAUCUCCUGCUUUGCAACCACGAUGGAUCUGCCAGAGCUGCAGAUGUUGUUUAAUGUCUCCACCAACAUCUGACCUUCUCCAGGAAAUCGUCCCCAGCUCUGCUGGGACUCUCUGGGGCACAGCACGUGAUGCAGGCAGAGCCAGCUCUGGAGACUGGUUCCGGUUUCUUUUCCGUCUGUUAUUUCCCAGCGUGAUGGAAAACCCUUCCUGAUGGUUCUCAUGGCUGUUAGAAGAAGGGAUACAAAUUUAUGCUGCAAUUUUUUAAAGCCUGAGCAUGCUGGAGCCAGCCACUGGAAGAUUCUCUGGCUGUGGAGCCAGGUGGGGCUGCUGGAGGCAGCCCAGUUCCUCACUGACAAACAGUGUUGUUUGUGUUCCCCGGCUCUGUGCAGCACCUGGGCUGCACUCCUGGAUAAUCCCCUCCCAACCUCGUCACUGUAGCCACAUUUAUCUUCCUCAAGGCUUUGAGACUUUCUACACAAGGUCAUGUACUCCAGAUAAAAUCCUAUUACAGACCUGAGAUCAGCUUGUCUGGGGAGAGGAGCAAAAGGCAUCUUUACGUGAGUUUUGAGGUAAAACUUGUCAUUCUGUAAAAUGACACAGGAGGAGCGCUGAGAUCCUGCCUUUGCCAGCACAUGCUCAGUAGGGAACGUUUGGAGACCUCUCUGCAGGUGCACACAGACCCUCCCAUGCCACAGCAGGACAGCUACAGCACCACAGUCUCUGCAGCUAAAAUCUACCAAAGAUUUUAAUUUGAAGUGCUGGAGGAGACCACAACCAUUAAUGUGCUGAGGGGAUAUUGCAGAAGGUGAGCAAUCUGCAGUCGCUUUGGAAUCCUGUUGGGUAUUCAGCUUUAAAGAGUACUCCUGAUGUAUUUGUGUAGAUUCCUUCAAAACAGGUAUGAGAGAUUCCCUAGCAAGAUGAACAGUUCAUAUUUCUCUGACUAGGCAAUUCCAUUUUUUUUUUCUCUUACUGUUUUUAGAUUUUUUUGAUUCUGGUCACUCGUAGCCAUGAUGAUUUCCUGCAAGAUGAAUGUUGUGACUUCCCUGGCAGUAGACAGAAAAACUGAAAGCAAAUCAGUUAAUAGAAACUUUGUUUCAGUAGCUUGGGAUUUUUAGUGUAUGGCAGAGUUUCCUGGGCAGGACACCUUUAAUUAAUUGUUAUAGAAGUUUAUUUAUGUAAUUAUAAACUGUUUCCUUUUAGUGUCAAGACAGAGUAUGACUGAAGUUUAACUUGCCUACCUCCAAAAUUCCAUCUGGCAAGUAGAAUGUUGCAAAGCUUCUGCAGUGUUUUGUCACGUCAGAUUUACACCUGACUCAAUAAUCUGACAGAAUAUAUUGCUCAACUAUUUAUAGUUGAGGUGGUGCUCCAGCUUUUGCUGUGCAACACUUGUGAGUAGCUGAACUUUGGCAAAGGGUUCUUCUCAAUGUGUAACUUGGUAACUGGGGCCCUUCCCAGGAGCACGGACUGUUUUGUUUGGUUGUCCUACAAUGUCGCAGCUUUGGGUUCCUCUCCUGCGCAGUCAGCACCACCUGCUGAUGGGAAGGGAAGGUUCAUGUGAGGUAAGGGAUGGAUUCCUUCUCCUUUUGGACCGAGAAACUCGAUGCUGAAAGGUUAUGCAGGGAGGAGAAAGGUAGCUCUUUGAAGCCUUUAUCCUAUAAAGAGGAUAGAGAAGUGACUGCAAUAGAUUCAAGAGGUACUGAAAUACAUUUAAUUAAUACAUUUUAAAAACCAGAAUUUUAAUGGAUCGGGGGUGGGGAUUUCCAUCUAGGAGUGAGAAAGAUAAUGGAUUUAUCCAUUAUCUAGGAGUGAGAGAGAUAAUGGAGAAGGCUGCAGAAGCAUGACUGAGAGCUCUUAUUUUCUGGCAAUUCAAGGAUGAAAUAGUCUAAAAGUGUUAACGCUUGGUUCCCCCUUUCCCUGGUGUGCUUUUGUAUGUACCCCUUCCCGUAACCCGACCGCACACGGCCCGGACGGCUCGGUUAGUGCGUUACCGUUCCUCCUCACUAAUUUUCACUGUUGUGAAAGUGAUUUAGAAUUAAAAAAUGGUUUUACAUUGA